GACUGACUUGCUAGAAAAAACUUUGACUCAGUUCAAUUUCCACUCCUUUCAGUAGAUGCCGCUGUAACUCACAGUUUUGCAUAUAAAGCGGCGAAGAAGACAUUUAAACAUGGCGAUGUCCUGUACAGCACUCGUGCGAGCCCGAGCACUGAUCGCUUUAAGGAGAAAAACUCUUGAAAUUACCAACCAGGUCGGCUCACAUUGGACAUUUGUUAGUCGAUACAGGACUAAAGCUGGUGUCAUUCAUAAACAUCGCCAUUCUCCGCCAGAAACAGUUAACAGAGGUCGUCCUGAUCUUCUUCAAGAGUUUCCUGAACCAAAGAACCUGCUGUACGCCACACUGUCCCGAUCACUGGGACUGUCUGACCUCUCUCAACACAUCCAGUACAGCUGCACUGAUGGGGAAGUCAAGAGAGCCACAGUCACACUUCACUGGCCAGUGAGAAUCGAGACUGAGGGUUUCGGGUCUCGCAAGAUCGAAGCAGAACGUCAAGCAGCAGCAGCGGCCUGCUGUAAGCUGAGAGAGCUGGGUAUUCUUGGUCAAGGAAAGCAGUCGUCCAUAAAGGGGAUGUUGAGACAGCCACGGACGCAGACUUCUGUGUGGGAAGAUAAAGAGAAGGAUGAGGCUGUCUGUGAUAACCUUCAGUCUCUGCCCAUCCAGAAGAGCACAUCAUGGAAGCCCUUAAUAGCCCAAAGGCCGUUAGAAGAUGAUCCAAAAGUCACCGAAGCACUUUCCAUGUUUCCAAAGCCAAAGGCACUUCUGUCAAGUGUCAUUCAGGUGGCCACAUCAUCCUGUAGAGUCAGAGAGCUGCUUCAGUACAGAAUGUUAGGUGGAAAGAUAAAGACAUGUGAGUUGACUGUACACUGGCCAGAGGAGAUGAAGUUCACAGCCUGUGGCCGUCGCAGACUGGAGGCAGAAUCAAAAGCAGCAGCACUGGCCUGUCUCAGGUUUAAGGAACUGCAGCUCCUAGAUGAGCAGAACAAUCCUCUCACUCAUGCCAGAUACUAUCAGGAGGAAGUACGUGAAGCUGGUGAGAGAGAGAGACAGCCGUGUCGUAUCGAGAUACGUGACAAUCUAGAGCAGAGGAUUCAAGAGUACCUCACGCAGUAUCCAGUGGAGACUGAAGUGAAAAGGUUGUGGGAUGAAGAGGAAGAGCUUGCAGUUCAGCAUGAGUCAUCAUCCAUUAAUGAUGAUGAUGAGGAUGAUGACGUCAUUAUAGAUGCUAUUACCAAUAAACCAUACCGCGCCCUGCAACCUGAAGAGGCGGAGAAUCUGAGUGACCACCUCCUUAGCCUGUGGAUGAGGGUGGGGCCUGGUCGGGGUGCGGAGCUUCCGGUGGACUCUUAUAAAGAGAGCGUGCUGUCAGCGGUGGAUUCUUCACAGGUUGUUGUGAUUGCAGGAGAGACUGGCUGUGGUAAGACCACACGGAUCCCACGGUUUUUGUUGGAGGGGAACGUCAGAAGGGGAGACGGGGCCAAAUGCAACAUCCUGGUCACGCAGCCCCGCCGGAUCAGUGCUGUGUCUGUUGCACAACGCGUAGCACAUGAGAUGGGUCCUGCGCUCCGGCACUGUGUGGGAUACCAGGUGCGUCUUGAGUCGCGUCCACCUGAGCGCAGCGGUGGAGCUCUGCUCUUUCUCACUGUUGGUGUCCUCCUCCGUAAACUGCAGUCUAAUCCCAGUCUCCAGGGCAUUAGUCAUGUCGUGGUGGAUGAGGUCCAUGAGAGAGACGUCAACACCGAUCUGCUUCUGGCUCUGCUGCGUUCAGCCCUCAAAGAGAAUCCACACUUUCGAGUGGUUCUCAUGAGCGCUACGGGUGACACACAGCGACUGUCUGAGUAUUUCGGCAGAUGCCCGGUGGUACGUGUGCCUGGAUUCAUGCAUCCUGUGCAGGAGAAGUACCUGGAGGAGGUGGUGUCAGAGAUGGGUCGACCGUUACACUUGAUGAUCAGAGAGAAGAGAAACAAACAGGAAGAAAAUGAUGCUGCUCCUGAUCUUGACCUAGUAACUGAUGUGAUAGACCAUAUUCAUCGCCGUGGAGAGCCAGGUGCUGUGCUGUGUUUCCUCCCUGGAUGGCAAGACAUUAAAGCUGUGCAACAGAAACUGGAAGAAAAAGAAGCGUACAGAUCAGGCUCACAGUUGAUUUUACCUUUGCACUCCAGUAUGGCUGUAGCGGAGCAGCAAGCUGUGUUCCAACGCCCCCCAGAGGGUCAGCGCAAAAUCGUCCUGGCAACCAACAUUGCUGAGACGUCUAUCACCAUUGACGACAUAGUGCAUGUGGUAGAUGUGGGCUGUCAGAAAGAACAGAACUAUGACCCCAGGACUAAGGUCUCUGGUUUAAAUACAGUUUGGAUUUCAAGAUCAAAUGUGACUCAGCGGAGAGGAAGGGCGGGUCGGUGUCAGCCUGGACAUGCCUACCACCUGUUCCCACGACAACACCUGGACACCAUGACCCUGUUUCCUGUCCCUGAAAUUCUGCGAACCCCUCUGGAGAGUGUUGUGAUUCAGGCCAAGAUUCAUUGUCCAGAGAGCAAAGUUGUGGACUUCCUGUCACAGGUGCUGGACUCCCCAGACCAGCAUGCAGUGAAAGUUGCUGUAAAGAACUUAAUAGAUAUUGGUGUUCUGGAUGGCUCUGAGAAUCUGACUGCACUGGGAGAGCGAGUGGCCUGCAUGUCAUGUGACCCACGCUUGGGGAAAGUGUUGGUUUUCUCGUCUCUGUUCUCUUGUGUUCUUCCCAUUUUGUCUGUGGUAGCGUGUUUGACCCGAGAUCCAUUCUACAACAGCAUGCAGAACCGGACCCUUGUCUCCAAGGCUAAGAAAUCUUUGAGUGGUUCAAGCUGCAGUGAUUAUCUGGUCUUCAGUCGUGUUGUUCAGAGCUGGAAAGAGCAACAUAAGGAGGGCAGACAGGAGUAUCUGGACAAAUACACUCUGUCUGGAGCCAGUCUGAGAUUUAUACAUGGUCUGAUGCAGCAGUUCAGUGAAAAUAUUUGUGAGGCCGGACUGGUGGACCAUUCAGCUCAAUGUCUUCGUCUCUCCUCAUGGCUCAACCAGCACAGUCAGCAGGAACAGCUCAUUAAAGCAGUGCUGCUUGCAGGCCUUUACCCUAAUCUAAUACAGGUGAAAAGAGGCACAGUGACUAAAGGUGGAAGAUUUCGUCCAGAAACUAUUUCCUUCCGCACACAGAGUGGUCCUGUGUUAAUGCACCGCUCCUCUGUCAAUAGGGGAGAGCAGAAACUCUCGAGUCGCUGGCUCACGUUCUUCUCUGCUGUGAUGUCCAAUGGUCAAGUCUUCAUCAGAGACUCUUCUGUGGUUCACCCACUCGCUUUGCUGCUCCUCACAGACUGUGACCUCACGGAGAGAGUAAUAGGAGAUCGUGUUGAGGUGGCUUUACCAGGUCAUGCGCUUAUACGAUGGGAGUUUCAUCCUCACACCUGGGAGUUGCUGUGGGAUUUGCGCACUUCCAUCCAGGCUAUGAUCCACAGGAAACUUCGACCCUCUGGAUUAAAAUCCAACUCCACAGAAAACAGCUGGCAAGACAGUCAGCUUGUAUCUUUAUUAGUGGACCUUCUGAAUAACACAGAUUCAGGUGCUAGAAGUGAUCAUGAUGAUGGAUCAGUGGAGCAAUGACAAAUAAACAUGGAAAAGUGGACAGCAAAUUUUGGGUCAAGGCUGUUUUAAUGUAAGCAUGCACAAUGUCUGUGACACUGUAAAUUAAUUGAGACAUUUUCACAUUCCAGCCCAACAAAGACUGAGAUGUAAGAAUGAUUUUUUUGGGGAAUGUUGUGUUGCAAAGUCUAAUCUAAUUUAAAACUAGAAUUGUUCCUAAGGGUGUAUAAAUUCAGCUAUAUUGCUAAAAUAUUAUGUGUUGCAUGUAUAUAUGCAUCUGUAUGUGGCUGUUAAAGGAGAAAAAGACUGCUGUGUAGUUUGUUGUCAUCAGAUUGAAAAAAUAAAAUAAUUAUAUUAGUAUAUUAAAAUGAAAAAGACAUAAAACUGCUAAAUAUCUUGAUGCAAAUGCAACAUUGAAGCCAACAGACAUUUGUUGUGGUAAAACCUGAACAAUAAAUGAACAGAGCAUGAGUGAUUUGAGGAUGCACCUCAGUAUAUGUAUUAAAAUACUUGUAUUAUAGAUAGUGUGUGUCAAUUUAGGACUGUCUCUUGGAACAGGGUUCCCGCAGGUCCUUAAAAAGUCUUAAUUUUACUUUUUAAAAUUUAAGGCCAUAAAACUUCUUAAAUUACAAGAAGUCUUAAAUUUAGUUUACUGAGGUCUUGCAUUUUUGGCCGUAAAUAGAGGCAAUGCUUAAGAGUAGAAUCUGCUUGAGUCAAAAUCAUCAUCAUAUCGCUCUCUCGUGCAGCCAGCAUUUAGCAGCUGCCGCUUGAGUUUAGUGUGAACGCACAAGGAAGCGCAUUUUUACUGAACAUACGAUGUUACACAUGUAUAAACUCGUUAAUCCGUAAUGCAAAUGGUGUUAUUCUGCGUCCCUGUAAGCGAGCGGUGCGCUAACACUAUUGCUCCUGUUUAUAAUCUCCGUUUUACACAUCCGGGCAUUUGCACGUGAUGAAAUCGUACAUAUUUAUACAAACGAAAUUGUACGAAAUAGCCAACUCGUAAAAUCUAUAUGAAUUUUCAUGAGAUCGGGUUGUCGCCCCUAUUUAUAAUCAACAAAGCUGUCAACAUUGCAGUUUGCAAGCACGCAAGGUUGAAGUGAUCUUUUGACGCCUUUCAAAUCGUGGCGCUUCCUUAUUUCACACUACCUUUGACAAGAACUGUAAAGCUAACAGAACUACUCAGCUGCAGAGUUACACUUGUUACAUCUCUCAUCUCCAUCUCUCUAGAUCUGACAUAUACAGCGAUUUUCUCUGCCAUCUCAAUUUAAAAAAUGUUGUAAUAAUAUACAAAACUAUAAUAGAAUUAUAUAAAUAUUAUAAUAUUAAUAAUAUACAUAAUAUGAAAAUAUAUUAUCUAUAUAAUGUUUAGUAUACAAUCUGUUACAUCAUUACUAAUUAUGCAGCACAGUUCUCUUUCAUAAUUUAAUCUUUUAACAUUUUCAAUACAUCUUGUCAACUUUAAACAGCCAUUUUUAAGGUAACUGACAAGUUUUGACUUUUAUUGAGAUAUUUCACAUAAAAAUUAAAUUUCCUCACCUUCAUGCUGUUGCAAACCUGUAUGACUUUAUUAUUUCAGUGGAUAUCAGAAGGAGAUAUUAGGGAGUUUCAGUCACCAUUCACUUACAUUGAAUGAAAAACAAGAUGCAGUGACAGUUAAUGAGACUAAACGUUUUGCUUAACAUCCUUUUUUGUUCCACGGCAGAGAAAAUUCAUUCAGACUCACCUUAUUCACUCUAGCACCAUGUUUGAUUUUUAAUAGGAAUGGAAACAAGGCUGUGAGGGAUAGACUUACAGUCUCUUCAAUGGACGAAGGGUAUAAAGCUGUAAAAAGUGUUUUUGAAAAUAUAUCUUUCAAUGUUUUGUCUGCGGAACGAUCCAAAAACACUAAACUGCAGUACAGCCCAUUGAAGAGACUGUACGUCUAUCCCGCACAGCCUCGUUUUCAUUCCUAUUAAAAAUGAAAGAUGGCGCUGCUGUGAAUAAAGUCUAGCAUGUGCUGAAUAACAUUUAUAUAUUUUGUCUUGGCAGAUAACUUUACCAAAUACGUUAACAGGUAGUUAAAGGGCAGUUCAUUUAAAAAUGACAUUUCUGUCUAUUGAAUCACAAACAAGUGACUAAAGAGAAGGGUCACAAUAUAGGUUACAUACUUUAGGCUACGUGCAUUCUUAAUGAAUUCAUUUAGAGUUUUAUUGUUGUAUUAACUUAUUUAAAACACACACACACACAAAUGCACAAUAAAAUAUAUUUAAAAAAAAAAAACAUGUCCAGAGACAUCCAAGUAGCAUCAGUGGUUUUGUAUUUAUCAGCUAAUGAAUUAUUUCGUUUUUUUUUUUUGCAAAAGUGGUCUUAAAUUGAUGUUUUAUUUGGCCUUAAAAAGUCUUACAUUUCAUUCCUUCGAACCUGCAGAAACCAUGUGGAAGAAAACACAGCUGUCUGUCUGAUCCAGUCAGAUUUAUUUCACUAAUGCAGUUAAUAGUAUCAAAGAUUUUCCCAACUGUACAUAACAAAAUGCACAAAUAUAUUAUGGACUGUUUUGUAAGCUCACUAUAUAUUACACAGAAAAAUAAAUCUGUCAUUUUAUAUGCAUAAUUUAAUGCACAAAUUAAUGGCAAGCCGUUGUACUAUGAAUUUUAAAAUAUACUGUAUGUGAAUGCGCUUUUGCAUUUUAAAAAACUUUUUAAUCUGUUAUUCCACAAGGUUGUUUCAUUAUAAGUGCUUGGAUAUGUUAACACACAUUAAGGAUGGAUGGAUGGGUGGAUAGCAUUUGUUGGAGGAGGGGGUGUAAUUUUCUAAGCCCGUCGGGCCCAGGGUCGAUUUAAACGUUCCCUUUAGUGUGGCCAUAGCGGGCCCCCCUUUUACCAUGGGCCCCAGGGAGGCUGCCUAUACUGCAUACUGUAUCAAUAAAUAUAGAUGUGAUCAAAAAUAUCAUAAGAAUUCCUAAAAUGACUUUCACACAAUUUUUAGUUAUUUUUUGUGUUUAGUAAAUAUAUGUGUAUAAAUCUGAAGAGAGAUAUGUCAAUGAUUUCCUUAUUGAUCAUAACCACAGCAAAGUCCAUCCCCGAAACCGUGAUGCGUGCUCUUGAUGGUAAAAAAAAAAAAAGCUGCCUCCAGAAGGUCGUAACUUGCAAUUACUGCGACACAUCUUUCAGGGGUCCUGCAACUGAAAUUCACACAUUGUGUUCUUGUAUAGAGGAAAACUUAACACAAGAUUAUGUCUGAUUUGUGAGUGGAUUGUUCUAUCUAGCAAUGUCAAAUAACUGGAAAGGUCAUGGAAAAGACCAUUUCACUGGUUAAAAGGGUUGGAAACCAUGUAGAAACUGUAAAUGUAUUGCCUUCGAAAGCAAUGAAAAUGAAAUUAAGGAUAUACACUGGCGGCCAAAAGUUUGUAAUAAUGUACAGAUUUUGCUGUUUCGGAAGGAAAGUGGUACUUUAACAAGCUUCAUUUAAUGAACCAAAUAGCUUUCAGCUGUGUUUGAUAUAAUAGCAAGUGAUUUUCUAGUACCAAAUUAGCAAUUUAUCAUGAUUACUCAAGGAUAAGAUGUUGGAGUGAUGGCUGCUGGAAAUGGGGCCUGUCUAGAUUUGAUCAAAAAUGACUUUUUUCAAAUAGUGAUGGUGCUGUUUUUCAAAUCAGUAAUGUCCUGACUAUACAUUGUGAUCAGUUGAAUGCCACUUUGGUGAAUAAAAGUACCAAUUUCUUUCCAUAAGUGCAAAAUCUGUACAUCAUUCCAAACUUUUGGCUGCCAGUGUAUAUGGAGUUACAAUACUCUUAAUGUUUAAUAAAUGGAACCACGGACAAUUAAUGUAUUUAAUAUAAGAUUGCAACUCCUCAACAUAGAAGAUAAACACAUCCACCCCCCUAAACAACUUGUUUUUUUACACCAUAUUUGAAAGCUGUGGACCUGAGAAUGAACUUCGCUCACUGUGUCAACUUUGGACAAUGCUUUUUCCCAUGAGUCAGUAGAUAACAUAAUGAGCUGAAACUCCUCCCAAAUAAAGUGCAGCUGUAUGGCUUCUCUCCAGUAUGCACUCGUUCAUGUUUGUGCAGGGAUCCUAGCUGAGCAAAACUCUUUUCACAAAGAGUGCACUUGUAGGGUUUCUCUCCAGUAUGGAUUCUUUGGUGCAAUUUCAAGUCGCUGGCUCUGAUGAAGGCUUUACCACACACUGAGCACACAUGAUCUUUCUCGCCGGUGUGUAUUUUCUGGUGCUCUUUUAAAUAGUCAAGCCAUAAAAAGCUCUUUCCACAAAAAGAACACAAGUAAGGCUUCUCAUCUGCAUGGAUUUUUUUGUGUCUUUUUAGAUGUGAGGCCAAAAGAAAAGUUUGACCACACUGAUCACAGUUAAAUGGUCUGUCUCCAGAAUGAAAUCGCUGAUGAUUUUUUAGAUUUCUAGCCAGGUUGAAGCUCUUGCCACAUUGUAUACAUUGAUGUAAUUCCUUUUCUGAAUGAAUAUUUCUAUGCCUUUUAAGGUUGCUUGGAUGUGUGAAACUUUUUCCACACUGAAGGCAUGUGAAAGGGCUCAAACCAAUGUGAAUUCUUAUGUGCUCCUUAAGACUUCUCUUGUGUGUGAAACUUUUUCCACACUGGAGGCAUUCAAAAGAAUUUACUCCAGAGUGAAUUCUCAUGUGAUCAGUAGGAUUUCCUUUCUGUGUGAAACUCUUUCCACAUUGGG